CAAGAGGAAAUACCUCCUGAAUAGAGGUUUGCACAAUUCAGGGAUUUCAAAUGUUGCUGUAGAAAGUGAAAUGUCAGCAAUUGUUUCAAUACAGGUUUCAAGACAGUCCCCCUCUGCCAACUAAUAAAAGCACUUCCUCAUGCCCUUAUCUACGGAACUUUUUGCUCUCUAUAUAAGGGGCACAAAAACCUAGAUGCAGAAACCAAUCCCUGUAAGUAGCCAGGUCAACGCCGCAAGACAAGAUGGCUGGCUGGAUGGGCUUUCACCUGGCUGUGACCAGCUUCGCUCUCAUGUCUAUGGGGAGAGGAAGCUUUGGAGAAGAAACAGAAGUCAGCUGCUGUGCACAGCUGAAGGGCUUAUCGCAGUGUGGAGCGGACAAGGUCUUUUUCCAAGGCCAGCCAGGCACCCCAGGAAUACCUGGCAUCCCAGGAACAAAUGGGUUUCCUGGUGUGAAGGGAGACCUCGGCCCCCAGGGGCCCCCAGGUGAGAGAGGCUCUGCUGGAGCACCUGGAAAAGCUGGACCCAAAGGAGAGAAAGGAGAUCAAGGAGAGGCAUGCAGCCUUGCUAGCUGUCAACAGCAAGAGGCAGGAGCCAAAGACUGCAAAGAGCUUCUGGAGCGUGGAGAGACACUGAGUGGUUGGUAUACAAUCUAUCCUGCCACAGGGAAAGCAAUGAGCGUCUUCUGUGACAUGGAGACUGAUGGAGGAGGCUGGCUGGUUUUCCAGAGGCGACAGGAUGGAUCAGUAGAUUUCUAUCGUGACUGGCAGUCCUACAAAAAUGGGUUUGGAAACCAAGCAUCAGAAUUUUGGUUGGGCAAUGAUAAAAUCCAUCUUCUCACAAGUUCAGGAACACAGCAGUUGCGGAUUGAUGUGAAGGACAUGAAUGACACUAGAACUUAUGCAAAGUACACUAGUUUCAAAAUCUCAAGUGAGGAAGAAAAUUACACCCUGUCAGUGGGUUCUUAUGUAGAUGGMAACAUGGGUGAUUCAUUUACAGCACACAGGGGCCUUGCAUUCUCCACACGAGACAGGGACAAUGAUGUCCAUGAAUCAGGAAGCUGUGCUGUGAUGUAUAAGGGAGGCUGGUGGUAUGGUGUCUGCCACUCUUCUAACCUGAAUGGCCUGUACCUCAGAGGGGAACACACCUCUUAUGCUGAUGGCAUCAACUGGGCCGCUGGAAAGGGGCACCAUUAUUCUUAUAAAUAUGCAGAUAUGAAAAUUCGACCUCAAUAAAUGAAAUAUCUCUCUCUUCAGACUAUUAUAUAGACAUGGUCCUUAAAUUUACUCGUAGAUUUUUUUAAGUGUGCGCCGAACAGAAAAACAUUGAAUCUGCCACUUGAAAUAUUGAGUGCAAAGCCUUUAACACCCCCAUACAAUGAGAAUAUAGGCAAGCACUCUCUUUUUAACUUGUACAUGGAAUCUCUAUAUGAGACAGAGGGACAAUUGUAGUUUGAUUGGAAAAGAUGGUUUGGUGGUGAUGUUUGCUCAGUUGUACUUUGUGUUGGGUUUCAUUUUACAUAGCUUGAGAUACGGCCUGCACUGGAAACAAUCUUCCAAUGAAUUAGAGUUGGCCACUUGUUUAGAUACCGUAGUGACCUCAGAAACAAAAAUUAUACAGAAUUGAGGUAACUACUUUUUAAAAAACAACAAAAUUUCCAUUUUCAAAAACUUCAUUCCUUAAGUUAUGGCAGGGGAAGCAAGACAAUGACUGGGUCUAAAGCUAAGGAAACAUUGUGAACGCAUACAUAGAUAAGUUUGAACUGGCAAUUAAGUUUGAAUAUAUGUACAUUUUUACUUGAAGUCAUUUUGAUAUCAUUUUUGGAUUGGAAACAUGGGGAAAGAUGUGUUUUGCUGAAGGACUUCUCUCUUAACAAGUCUACCCUGAUCAUCAAACGAGCUCAGGGUGGUCUGCCAGUUAACCAUUUCUGUGUCUUUUAACUUAUUUCAAUUUGUCUUUUUAAUUUCUUAAUAGUUUAAUAUUCUGAGCCUUUUAAAAUCAUUUCUUAUUUUUUAAUUGUUUAAAAAUUGUUGAAUUGUUUUUAAUGUACACUUCUUUGAGAUUUCUAGAUAGAGGGCAAGAAAUGGAAUUUUAAAAAAAUAAAUUAAUAAAUGCUAUCUCAAGUGACUA